UCGUAACGCUAUCACGAACAGUCUUGCACUUGACGCGUCGCGAAACGGUCCACCUUGCCCACUUUAAUUAGUACCGAAAGCAUCGAUUUCGAUUUUUGUUAAAGUUUCCAAGUUCAGUGGAAAAAAGUUUCAUAAAAUUUAUAAAAAUGAGUCUCGAUCUCGAACCAUUCGAUAUUGACACGUCUCGGCCGACUCCGGAGUUGCUCGACAUUGCCCAUCGAGAACUGCGAGAAACUCCGGAACUGAGAGCUGCGUCCAUCGAGGAACUUCGGCGACUGCUACACAACGCUACGGAUCUGCACUAUCGCGACGAUGACGAUUUUCUGCUGAUCUUCCUCAGACCGUGCCACUUCUAUCCGGAAAGUGCGUUGAAAAUGAUGCGACGCAUUGCCGAAUUCAAAAAGUCCAACCACCCCCUCAUGCACGACCUGUUCCCGAUAGAUGAGAAAAUUUCCUUCACCGAUCACGAAAUCGUCAAUGUGCUGACCAACAAAGACCACAAGGGCCGCCGAGUGCUGGUCAUGAACUGCGGCAAAGCGUGGGACCCCAAGCAGGUGAACGCCGAAAAAAUGUUCCGGCUGUUCUUCCUGGUCCAUCUGGUUGCCCAGCUGGAACCAUCGACGCAGAUCAACGGGGUCGUCAUCAUCAUGGACUUCGAUGGGCUCUCGCUGAAGCAGGUCCGCGCUCUCUCGCCAUCCUUCUCGAAGAUGUUGCUCACGUUCAUCCAGGAGGCCGUGCCGCUGCGCAUGAAGGAGGUCCACAUCAUCAAGCAGCCGUACAUUUUUAACAUGGUGUGGACGUUGUUCAAGCCUUUUAUUGGGGAGAAGCUGCGGAAACGGCUCGAAUUCCACGGCCACGACAUGAAGAAACUGCACAAGUACAUCAGCCCGGACUAUUUGCCCAAGAACUACGGAGGAACUCUGCCGGCGCUCAACUACGGUUCCCGGGAUUGGUACCCGUGCAUUGAGAAAUAUCUGGACCACAUUGCCAAAUGGAAUACGUACGGUUUUGCGAACACUCCCUAAGAGGUUGUUCCACACCGAAUUGACAUCGAUGCAUUCCACUACUUCGCUGCCGCCGCCGGAUUCCGCUGGCUGGAAGCGAGACAUUUUAUUUUGUUUGUGUUUUAGGUGAUAUUAGUUCAAUUGAGGGAAUUUGUUCGUUCAGAUAAAAGAGGUGGUAUGAAGAAAGGUAGUAGCAUGAACCAAAGUGAUUUUUUUUCUGUUAUCUACUUAGAAUAUUAAGCCUGCUUUUUUGGAACAAAUUGGUUUUCCUAGAUAAGAUAUUAUUUAUUCGAUAAGUUUGUUAAUAAAAACAGGACGCUGAUAUUA